GAGAAGGCGAAAGAGUGGGCGGCUGCAGAAGGCAGGGCCAUCCCAAGAGCCUGAACCCUGAAGGCUCCAGCGUGAGGAUCCCUUCUGGCUACUUUCCUCUGUGGUUGACGCUUCUGCUUGGGGCUGCCAGGCAAGUACUGAAGAGGGCACUGGAUCUGCUGGGAUUGUAGUUGCAGAUGGUCAAGAGUCACCAUUAUGGAUGCUGGGAACUGAUCCAGGGUCCUCUGCAAGAACAGCAAUGACAGAAUGUGUGGCAAGUUUCUGAGGCAGCUGCUGGCAAAGGAGAGCCAGCAUUCCACCCCCGUGGGGCGCUUCCUGCUUCCGGUGCUGGUGGGAUUCCGCCUCCUGCUUCUGGUUUCCAGUGGACCUGGGGUCUUCGGUGAUGAUGAGAACGAAUUCAUGUGCCAUUUAGGACAACCAGACUGCAAGACCAUUUGUUAUGAUGUCUUCCGCCCCCUUUCUCCACUGCGCUUCUGGGCCUUCCAAGUCAUCUUGAUGGCUGUACCCAGUGCGGUUUAUGUGGGAUUCACUAUGUAUCAUGUGAUUGGAUACUGGGAGGAAACAGAAAAAGGGAACAAGGAACAAGAGUCCCGGAUUUGCAAGGGGGACUGCAGCAAGGGUGUCUCAGGGACUGGAAGCCUCAAGCUUCUUUGGGCCUAUGUGGCACAGCUUGGGGCACGGCUGUUCCUUGAGGGAGUAGCCCUGGGACUUCAAUACCAUCUGUAUGGCUUCAAGAUGCCCAGCACUUUUCUAUGUCGUGAGGAUCCUUGUAUUGGCAGCACAACUUGUUUCCAGUCACACCCCUCUGAGAAGACCAUCCUCCUUAACACCAUGUUUGGGAUUAGUGGGGCCUGUCUCUUGUUUACUUCCUUGGAGCUUGUACUUUUGGGUUUAGGGAGGUUUUGGAGGAUGUACAAGGACAAACUCCCCCUUUUAAAGAACCUGCCAACCUCAAAGAACUCUGUAAGGCGCAAGGACCCAGCUGAUGACUUGACAGUGGUGGAGACGAAAGAACCAUUUUGAGAAGCAGAGUUUUAAAGUUACCUGACUUGUUUGAAGAAAACCCUGUGACUGAAUCUUCCUCCAUACAUCCAGUGAGAUGGCACAGUGGGUAAAGAUGCUUGUCACCAAGCCUCAUGGUCUGAGAUCAGUCUCCAGAACCCACAUGGAGAAGGGAGAAAACCAACCCCCACAAGAUGUCCUCUGACUUCCACAUACAUACCAUGGCACGCACGCACACACAUGCAUGCACGCACUCACGCACGCACACACACACACACGAUAAUAAAUAAAAUAAUAAAAUCUCAGUAAAUAAAACAAAAACUCCUGCAUCAUUAGCUAUUAUUUCUGACUUCUUCUCUCUCCUGUCUUUCCACUAAACAUAAGCAACCACCAACCUACUUUCUAUUCUAAUGGCUUAUCCUAGCCUGGAGUUUUAUAGAGAUGGAAUCAUACAACAUGCUUAUUGGCCGCUUGUAUAUCUUUGUAAAAAAGACCAAAUCCUUUGUCAAUUAAAAUCAGGUUAUUUUUUGUUGUUGUUUUGCGCUGUAAGAAAUUUUUAUAUAUAAUGCUUAUUAGAUACUUAUCUAAUUAUUUUAAAUGAGUCUUUAAAAAUAUUCUCUUCCAUUC